AUGUCGUCACUCGCUAAGUUUAUUGCGGCCGCGGUCGUUGGCGUCGCAAUAUGUCCUUUCGUCGCAGCCGCUGGCAAUGUUACGGUUAAGGAGCUUACCGGUGGCUGCUCCGUGUAUCCGGACUACGAUGCCUCCGCCGGCCAAGCGGGGCCUUGGUCGAUUCAAGUCAAGAAUACCGGCGGCAUCAUCGAUGACCACGGCCUGACCGCAAUCUACUCUCGCGGCUCGACUGGCAUCCGAUGGGGAUACAUGGCUGCACUUGACAAGGCCGCCGUGGCGCAGAUCCCGCUGCAAUGUGUCGAUGGCCAAGGCAUUCAAGCCCGGGUACCCACCGGCGUGUCGGACUACAACUGGGAGAACCUCGUGGCCGCAGAGAUUCCGUACGACGCUCUCCUAAUGUACUUUGUCAACGGUACCGAAAUCAAGCCGUACUCGCAUUACACAACCAAUGGCACGCAGAUCGACGGAGUCUUUCUAGGCUCCGAGGGCUAUACGACGUGGGCUUUUCAGAAGGACACUACUUCUGACCAGGGAACUUUCUGGGCGGCCAGAUUGUUGGGCGCCAACAGCGAGGACCCUUCAACUGGAAAACCGCUAUUCGACGGGGAGAUUACUGGCUUCCUCAGAGUUUAUGGUUCUUAA